AUGCAAUCGAAAAGAAAGGAAAUGAAGAUGGAGUUGGUGUCGUGUGAGAGACGAUUACAAAAACUUAUUAAUAAGACGACAUUUAAACAUGCUACCAACUAUAACGAAAACCUGAACGCGGUGGCACUAGAAAACAAAAUAAUCAAAUUUGAUAAGCCUAUAUAUAUUGGAUUUGCUGUUCUUGACAUUUCCAAGACGAUGAUGUACGAUUAUCACUACAACGUAAUGCAGAAGCACUAUGGUGAUAAUAUCAAACUUAUGUAUACUGAUACUGAUUCGUUGGUAUACCAUAUUAAAACUGAAGAUUUUUACAAAGACUUGAUUGAGAAUCCCAACUUGAUGGAUAGAUUAGACACGUCAGACUUGCCUCCUAUCCAUCCGUGCUACACUACAGCUAGGAAGAAGGUGCCCGGGUUUUUCUCUGAUGAAGCAAAAGGACAUAUAAUGACAGAGUUUUGUGCACUAAGUGCAAAAUCAUACGCGUACAACAUAUAUACAGGAGAAGAGGAUGUGGUGAGAGAGCAGAUCAAGGCGAAGGGUGUAAGACAGCAUGUGGUUAAAAACCAUAUGACGUUGGAGGAUCAUGUUAAGUGUUUGUUCGGAGAUGAAAGUCUUGAUAAAUAUACAGAAAAUUUAUCCAUUCGCUCAUUCAAACACCAGCUAAUUACAAUCAAAACAAAUAAAUUGACAUACAACAACUACGAUGACAAAAGAGUGGUGCUAGACGAUAAAAUACAUACACUGGCUCACGGUCAUUAUAGUUUAGAGGAUGAUAACGAGCAGAUUGUUGAUUGGCCAGAUCAUGAGUUUACUGUAGACGUUGCUGGGCGUGAGUGGGAGGAAUCGGAUAAAGAUUUAAUGAGAUUACUUCUAAGGGAAUGCAUGUCAAAAUAA